AAAACGACCCGCGGCCGAGCGCAUUAGAAACUCCUGCAUGUGGGCGGGGCUGGAGCACCCAGGCACCACCUCCUCAUGAAUAAUGCAAGUCCAGGCGGUGUCCCGGACCCGGAAGUGGAGUUGCCGAGUCACCGCAGUGGCUGAGCUGCUGACAGGAGGCGGCGGCGGAGGAGGAGGCGAGGCAAGACCUGCGGCUCGGCCGGGCCCCAGCCGCGGUAGCACUAAGGCAAGCCCACGGAGCCACGCUGGUCUCAGUCAGCCAGCGAACCUCCCACCCCUCGCCCACCCCUCCAUCUGCCCGGACGCCUGCCCGCCCGACUCGUCCCGGGCGGCCUAGGCUGCACCACCCACCCGGCUACUGGGGCCGCCGCCCCGCGCUGUCCCGUCGGCGUCCCUGGCCGCGCCCGGCCCCGGGCCCGCUCGCCCGCCGGCACCAUGAUGGAGGAGAUCGACCGGUUCCAGGUGCCCACCGCGCACUCGGAGAUGCAGCCGCUGGACCCAGCCGCCGCCUCCAUCUCAGACGGGGACUGUGACGCCCGGGAGGGUGAGUCAGUAGCCAUGAAUUACAAACCAUCCCCGCUCCAAGUGAAGCUGGAGAAGCAGCGGGAGCUGGCCCGGAAGGGCUCUCUGAAGAAUGGCAGCAUGGGUAGUCCCGUCAACCAGCAACCCAAGAAGAACAAUGUCAUGGCCCGGACAAGGCUUGUCGUCCCCAAUAAAGGCUACUCUUCGCUUGACCAGAGCCCAGAUGAAAAGCCACUGGUCGCCCUUGACACGGACAGCGAUGAUGACUUUGACAUGUCCAGAUAUUCCUCUUCUGGCUACUCCUCUGCUGAGCAGAUCAACCAAGAUUUGAACAUCCAGCUGCUGAAGGACGGCUACCGGUUAGAUGAGAUACCUGAUGACGAGGACCUGGACCUCAUCCCCCCCAAGUCCGUGAACCCCACCUGCAUGUGCUGCCAGGCCACGUCCUCCACCGCCUGCCAUAUUCAGUAGCGGGCGGGGCAUUUGCGGCCGCCUGGGGCAGGGCCCCCAAGGGUCAGGCUGGACAGGGUAGGGGCCAACCCCUCCCCAGCUCUUCUGCCUGUCCCCGGCCCUGUGCCCCCUACAGCCGCCAACCUCGUAACAGUCAUUGCUUCCUCCUAUGGUAGGACGUGUACCUCUGUGUGUUCAUGGAGCCGGAGAAACCAAAACCGGGUCUUUCUCCAUCCCGGGGGGCUGAGGAGCGGUGGGGGCUGUUUGUUCAGUUACUUGGGGGACCUUGCCCAGCACCCUGCCCCGCCUCCCCAAAGCUGUAGUGGGGUAGGGGAGAGAAAGGACUAGACAUCAGGGAGGACAACACUAAUGAGUGGGGGAGGGAUCACGAAGCCAGGGGCUUGGCCCCACCCCAGUGAAGCCAUGAGUCCCCCAGCCCAGCCUGACAAGGAAAGGGGCUGGGAGGAAGAAAGGUCCAGGGCUGUGGGAGCAGGGCCCAGCACCUCAGAGCCCCUUCCACAUGCUCCCUGCCGGCCCAUAUAACUUUUUGUGUUUCCCCCUCAUCUCCAGAUGGGAAGCCUGGCAAAGCUGCCCCAUCCAUAGAAUCACUGCCUUCUUCCUCCUUUUUGCCCCAUUCACCCCAUUCCUUACUCUCUGGGUCAUGGAGGAGGGUAAGGUGGGCCUUAGAGAUAGGCCAGAGUUUGGGGUGAUAUGAUCUGUCCUCACCCACCCCCCAACCACUGCAUCUAUUUCUCUGCCGACUCCUCCCAUCCCCUAUGCUUCUGUUCAUUGGUCUCCAUCCCAGCCUGGAAGCCGGAGGUAAGGCUGGGCCCCGAAUGCCCCAUUCCCAUCUCUCUCUAGCCCAAGAUCCCAAAAUGCUGCUUCCUAGUAAGAAUCUUCAAGGAAGCAAGUUUAGGAGAAUAUAGUGGUUGCAUUGCAGGUUUACGGUAGGGAGAACCUGGCAGAAUGGGUGUGUGUCUGAGGCUGGCAGGGCAUGUAUCUGUGUCUAUGUGUUGGGAGAGGUCUGUUUCUGUCACAGAUGUGAGUGUCCAUGGUGGGGAAGUGACUGUGUGGUCUGUUAACAGUGUAAGAGGCUGCUCAGCAGUGGACUGAGAGCCCUGGACCUGGAGUCAGAGGCUGGGGUUGUGGCCCUGGCUCUGGCACCCUUUCUGUGAUCUUCAGCAAGUCACCUGUGUUCUCUGGACUUCAGUUUCCUCAACUGUAAAAUGAGCAGUGUCUGAAAUUAUUUUUAAGAUCUUUUCAAACCUAAAGGAAUUUCUUCAUAGGAAUUUCCAUGGAGGUGUGUAGGAAGGUCUCUAUGUGUCUUUGAAUGCACCUCAUGGGCAUCCUGAGUUGUAUGUCUGUGUGAAAAGGAGAGGGGAAGUUCCUAAGGGACCUGUGUAUGUUUGGGAUCUUUUUGGGAAUACAUGUAUGUGUGUCUGUGAACAUGUAUGUGUGGGAGGGUAUAUGUUGUGUGUGUAACUCUGUGCAGUGUCUGUGAGUCAGAAUGUGUGUACUGCUGCUUCUGCUGCUGGUGCUGGUCGGGGGGAGAGGGCAGAAAAGCUGAGGAUGAAAAUCAAGAGCGAGGAGGUUACCAAGCCCACCCACUACUCCCCACCCCCGCCAACUGGGCAAUGUAGACCUGCCCCUGUGUGAAGAAAAAUGAAAGCACAGAUAGCCUAAGACUGCUCAGGUUUCAUGCCCACAAGCCCCAUAUCCCAGGACCAGGGUAUACACUCCCCAUCCCUCCAUGCUGACAACCCACACAUGUUGGUGUAUCCACUCUCAUAUGUACCACUCACGUGCUGCAAGCAUGCAAGAGGACACAUGUACAGCCCACUCCCUGGAUGCCAUUCCUGGGAGAUGGGAGCUGAAGGAGGGGGAAGGUAGUGAGAAGAAAGAAUGAGGCUGCUGGCUUAGGAAGGGUAGCACCUCUCUGCGCACCACACCUAUGGACUGCCAACUCCAAAGUUUUGAGGUGCAGCUCUCUACCUUCAGUUCCUCCAACCCAUCCCUACCUCCUCUAGCAGCGACCCUGGUUAAGUGGUAAGAAAAUGCCAAAGGGAGGCAAGAACAAAGAAAGCACUUGCAGGGCCUACAGGGUUCGUACUGGCCCCCAUCUGAGCCUAUCUCUCCCAUCCUGGUCAGCAUCCCCAUCCUGUCAUCUGGGCCCCAGAGCCAAGCUUCCUACCACUACUACCAUCACCCUGGGCUCCCUGAUUCACCCUUCUAGAACAUGGGUACCUCCUCUUUUCUGGACAGGGCCCCCAUGAGGGCUCAUAUAGAUUACUGCCUUUGCUGCUGACUUGCUCUAUGACUGGCCCACUGCUCAACCUCUCUGGCCCUGAGAAAUCAGGGAAAAGCUCCCUACCCACAGGACAUACUAGUUCCCUGGCAGGCAAGGGCUUCCAACUGAGGCAGUGUACAAGUGGUGGAGAGAAGUAGGAAGCUGGCAACCAGCACCUUCUGGGUCUAGGAGAGUGUGUGGUUCCCUCCUUCCCUAUCUGGGAUGUUGGAGGGGAGGAAUCGAGGCCUUAGCUUGCCCCCCUGUCAUCCUUCCCCCUUGUAGAUACUGCCUUAACACUCCCUCCACCCUCAGCUCUGGCUGCCAACCAGCCAGGUUUCUCCGUGCUCACUAAUUUAUUUCUAGGAAGGUGUGUGGAAGACAUGAGCCGUGUAUAAUAUUUUUUUUAACAUUUGCAUUGCAGUAUUGACCAUCAUCCUUGGUUGUGUAUCGUGUAACACAAAUAAUGGUAUUAAAAGCAUCAAAUAAGCCAGCCUCAGCUCCCUACCUGGGUUGUGGGCAAGGGGAAGGUGGUCUGGGAAGGAGAGAGAACUGAUUCUCUGAAUACACAUUUCACUCUGCCUCCACUCAUGGGUUCGAGGCCAGGCCUGCCACUGACCUUCUACAUGACCCUGGACAAGUCGCUUGAUGCCUCAUAACCUCCAUUUCUCUUCAUCAAAGUGAGAAGUUUGGCCUAGAAGAUCUCCAGAGACCUUCUGAACUCUUGGGCUUGGAAGUUGGGCUUUUUUAAAGAGGCUUGAGGCGGGGCGCCUGGGUGACUCAGUCGGUUAAGCGUCUGACUUCAGCUCAGGUCAUGAUCUCGCCAUCCGUGAGUUCGAGCCCCGCGUCAGGCUCUGUGCUGAUGGUUCAGUGCCUGGAGCCUGUUUCAGAUUCUGUGUCUCCCUCUCUUUCUGACCCUCCCCCC